CUUGUUUCCUCAACCACAGCGCGGCUGAAGACGCGGCUCUAUUCCCUCUCCUCGAGCUACCCACUCAUACCCACACCAACUUCAGCAACACGAUUCGAAACAGCCACUUUUCCUGAAUUAAGCUUAUAUUUUGGAUCCUAUCACAUUCCAAACCAUCACAUUACACACAAUGCCGGAGAGUUCCUAUCGAGGUCGCUUAACGCGAGACAAUGCAGUUUUGCUCAUCGUGGACCAUCAAGUGGGCCUCUACACUGGAGUUCGCGACAUUGACACCCUAGAGCUUAAGCACAACAUACUGGGUCUGACAAAGGCUGCUGUAGCCCUUAAAGUUCCGGUGGUUGUCACCACAACGACUGAGAGUAUGUGGGGACCUCUGAUCCCAGAACUCCAGGAAGUGCUACCUGGCAUUGAACGAAUUGAACGCACAACUGUCAAUGCCUGGGGUGAUCAGCGUGUCGUUGCAGCUGUGAAGGCUACGGGUCGGAAGAAUCUGAUUAUUACUGGCAUUUCGACCGACGUAUGCUUAGCGUUUCCAGCAAUGGCUGCUCUCGCAGACAACUAUACGACUUAUGCCGUUGUAGAUGCCUCUGGUAGCUUUACGAAGCGACAAUCGGAGAUGGGUGUCCUCCGUAUGACUCAAGCCGGUGUCAUUCCUGUCUGUUAUUCCAACGUCGCUGUUGAGAUCUUGGCAGAUAACGUUGCUUCUGAAUCAGCUGAGGUUUAUGCCGCUCUGGGUAUGCCAUUUGCUGGACUGGUAUAUGGGCUACAACAAUACUUCUCAGUCAACUAGUAUGGAACAGCGUCUGCGUCCAAGAUAGAGUAUAGUAGCUAUAAAUCUUGUAGAUAGC